GUCCCCGCGCGGGCCUCGGGGGCGGGGUCCUGGGCGGGGCUAAAUGCGGAGGGAGGAUCCGCCGUUCCCUCGUCGCUGGCAGUUGCCCUUUGCCUUUGCAGCCACCGCCAUCUCCUCUGAUCUGCGAAAGUCAUGUUACCCAACACCGGGCAGCUAGCAGGAUGUACAGUUUUUAUCACAGGUGCAAGCCGUGGCAUUGGCAAAGCUAUUGCAUUGAAAGCAGCAAAGGAUGGAGCAAAUGUUGUCAUUGCAGCGAAGACUACCCAUGCACACCCAAAACUUCCAGGCACAAUCUAUACUGCUGCUGAAGAAAUCGAAGCAGCUGGAGGAAAGGCCUUGCCAUGUGUUGUUGAUGUGAGAGAUGAACAGCAAAUCAGUAAUGCAGUGGAGAAAGCAGUUAAGAAAUUUGGAGGAAUUGAUGUUUUGGUGAAUAAUGCCAGUGCUAUUAGCUUGACCAACACAUUGGAAACACCUACAAAGAGAGUGGAUUUGAUGAUGAAUGUGAACACCAGAGGCACCUACCUUACAUCUAAAGCAUGUAUUCCUUAUUUGAAAAAGAGUAAAAUUGCUCAUAUCCUCAAUCUCAGCCCACCAUUGAACCUAAACCCACUGUGGUUCAAACAGCACUGUGCUUACACGAUUGCUAAGUAUGGUAUGUCUAUGUGUGUGCUUGGAAUGGCAGAAGAAUUUAAAGGCGAAAUUGCAGUCAAUGCAUUAUGGCCUAAAACAGCCAUACACACUGCUGCUAUGGAUAUGCUGGGUGGAUCUGGUGUUGAAAGCCAAUGUAGAAAAGUUGAUAUCAUUGCAGAUGCUGCAUAUUCCAUUUUCAAAAAGCCAAAAAGUUUUACUGGCAAUUUUGUUAUUGAUGAAAAUAUCUUAAAAGAAGAAGGAAUAAAAAAUUUUGACAUUUAUGCAGUUAAACCAGGCCAUCCUUUGAUACCAGAUUUCUUCUUAGAUGAACACCCAGAUACAGUUAUCAAGAAAGUAGAAUCACAUGAAUUCAAAGAAGAGAAACCACAGCUGCAACCAAAACCACGUUCUGGAGCCGUGGAAGAAACAUUUAGAAUUGUUAAGGACUCUCUUAGUGAAGAUAUUGUGAAAGCCACUCAAGCAGUCUAUCAGUUUGAGCUCUCAGGAGAAGAUGGUGGCACGUGGUUUCUUGAUCUGAAAAACAAAGGCGGGAAUGUUGGGUCUGGAGAGCCCUCUUAUCAGGCAGAUGUGGUGAUGAGUAUGUCUACUGAUGAUUUUGUAAAAAUGUUUUCAGGGAAACUAAAACCAACAAUGGCAUUCAUGUCAGGAAGAUUGACAAUUAAAGGAAACAUGGCCCUAGCAAUCAAGCUGGAGAAGCUAAUGAGUCAGAUGAAUGCCAGACUGUGAAGGGAAGAAAAGAAAAUGUUUACUGCUGUGCUCAAAAAGUAAAAAACUCAACAGUUAAAGUCUUAUGUUUGUUUUCUUCACUAUUGUAUCAAGGAUAUGUAUGUUUGUUUGUUUUGGAAAAAAGUAGAAUUUCUAUAUCAUAAGACUUGAAAAUGUAAUUAAAACAGCUAGCUUAUUAAACAUAAGCUUCAUUAAGUGGAAUUCUAACACAUUCUGUUUUUUAUAUUUCAGGGGUUUUGCCCUCUGAGCCUUAUAUCUCAUUUGCUGUCUUUCAAGAAGAGUAUUAUGAGCAACCAAUCAGGGUCAAGCAAUAAAAUCAGCUCUUUUGAAAGCUUAUUCUCAUGUAAAAUGAAGCUAGUCUGUUUUUAAAUUUUUAGUUAUAGAUUGUAUAAUAAUGACGAUUUUAAUGAUGUUUUGGAUUUUUAUAUGCUUAUUUUAAAGGAAAUCUCUACAGUGUAUUUCACAGAAAUCACAUAAUAAAAUACUUAAUAAAUACUUGUGAAGACUAAAUGAAACAAAACAGU